CUAAAUCUUUUCUCUCUGUACUGUCUAGACGAAGAAGGGCGAUACCUGAGAAUCCUCCAUCUUCUUCCUUUGCCGGAUUCAUACAGGAAAACGACUAAGGGAAGAAUUCCAUACUUGCACUAUCAAGCAAGGUUGGUUUUUGGACAGAAAAAUGUCAUCAAUUGGUCUUACAUGGGAACCUAAUCUGUCUAUGUUCAAAUCUUCUGGAACUAGUGCUGCAACUAGUUCUUCUACAAAAUCUGUGCCACAAAUUCCUAAACCCAAAACUGAACUUAUUGAUGGACUAUAUGUUCCACCUGCUGAUCCAAAGUUGAGGAACAAAUUGGUUAAAAAAUCACUCAAAGACACCACUGGUAAAAACUGGUUUGAUAUGCCGGCUCAAACUAUCACACCUGAGAUAAAGAAUGACUUCCAGAUUAUUAAGUUAAGGCAUGUGUUAGAUCCUAAGAGGCACUACAAGAAAGGUGAUUCAAAGUCGAAGGAGCUUCCCAAAUAUUUCCAGCUGGGUACAGUUGUUGAGUCUCCAACGGAGUUCUACGACAGGUUAACUAAGAAGGAGAGGAAGCGAAGCAUUGCAGAAGAAAUUCUUCAUGAUAAUGCCUUAAAGAAAUACAGGAAACGUAAAGUUCGAGAAAUUGAGGAAAAGAAUAAUGUCCCUGGGGUUGACAAAUGGAAAAUUAAGGGAAAGCAGUCAUGGAAGAGAGCAAAACAGAGAAGGGGCGGCAACUGAUCACACACUGUACACCUACAUGUAUUCUGGCAUGUAAGUAAAUUCCUUAUUCGAGAAGUAUAACUCUGAGUCUACUUUCGUUUCAGAGAAAACAAAACACUGUAAGCUAGAUCUUUAUGUGUGCGUGUGUUGUUCUUAUUUCUUUUGAAGAAAAAGAAAAAGAAACAGGGCCUGUUAAGAAUGGUUGAUGCUUUCUGUUUUAACAAAGUAAAAUGAGGAAUAUCGAUGAAAAAAUCA